AGUGUCAGACGUACUGUUCUCUCAACACAUAUGUAUCGAUUAAAUUAGGAGUCGUAUAAUGGACAAGUAGUCAAAUCCACACCCAAGACCCAAUUAUGGUUUGUUCAGAGGUUUGUAAUCAAUUUGUAUUAAACUUAAAUCAUCUACGAUUACAGUUAGCUCCUAUCUUAAGUUGAGUUACCUUUGAGUUACCAUUUUCGAGAGAGAAUGUUUUAAGUAUUUUUAGAGAGAGAAAGACAGGUGUUUCAGAGAGGCAAAGUGCAGGGGCUCUUCUUCUCACAAAUUCCAUUUUCUCUCUAAAAGGCAGAGAACAACCAAAAGAUUAACGACAAAAACGAACCUUCACGCAUCAUCGGCAACGGAGCCUUUGAAGUUGUCCCCCAAAACUGACUAGCUUUGAUUGAACCAAUUGCUCUUUAACCCUUUGUUUCUCUCUCCACAAGAAAUUCUAGAGAAAAACCAGAAAGCCCUGAACAGCUGUGAACAGGGACAUCAAGGAAGAUAUUGAGGAAUUUUGUGGGGCUUUGUUUGAGUUUCUUGUGAAAUCGAAAACCCAGAAAACAAUUGGUGGUUCUUGGUGUCGUUGGUAAGUUUAUCAGAGUUAUUUUGCUAUCCUUUUCUGGUACUGUUCUGUGUUUCCACUGUUUCUGCUUUGCUAAUUGUUUAUGAAUAGCAUCUGAAUUAUUGAGAAUUUUUUACAACCCACUUGAACUUUGUUGGAGAUUUCAUUUCUGAUAGUUUUCUCCGAUUUUGAUUCCAAAAUCUUGUCUUUAUUCGACCUGUUCGUUGCUUCUUGGCCAGUGUAAUCUGAAUCACUGGUUAUAUCUAAGCCCUGUUUAGCAAGAGAAGUCUCUGGAUUUGCUAUAUUAUCUGUUGGUUCUGUAAAAGUUCUGAAGAGAUUCAACCAUAUUGUGAUUUCAUUCUAAUUUGGUUCUUGAUUGAGGGUUUGAUGUACUUUUCCAAAAAUCACAUUUGAAUACUUAUCCAAAAUCAGUCUUAUUCUGCCACUUAUUUGAGAAUUCUCAUUUGAUCUUUGUUUACCAAAUCUCAAAACUGUUUUGGACACCAAUGUUUCAAGAUGAUGGAUCAUCAUCUGUAACCUCAUCCCCUCUCCAAUUCUAUCCCAUGAUGUCACUGUCACCUGGUUUUGGGUCACCAUAUCCAUGGCUCAAAGAGCUGAAGUCCGAGGAACGUGGUCUAUAUUUGAUCCAUCUAUUGCUCACCUGUGCAAAUCAUGUAGCCACUGGUAGCCUUGACAAUGCAAAUAUUGCCCUUGACCAAAUCUCCCAAAUUGCCUCUCCUAAUGGUGAUACCAUGCAGCGUAUCGCAUCAUAUUUUGCGGCGGCACUAGCUGAUAGGAUCCUCAAAACUUGGCCUGGCCUUUACAAAGCCCUCCAUUCCACCAGAAUAUCACUGGUCUCGGAAGACAUUCUUGUAAAGAAGAUGUUUUUCGAGUUCUUUCCAUUCUUAAAAGUAGCUUUUGUGAUGGCAAACCAAGCUAUAGUUGAAUCCAUGGAAGGGGAAAAGAUGGUUCAUAUUAUUGAUCUUAAUGCUGAGGAGCCUAUGCAGUGGCGUGCGCUUCUUCAAGACUUAAGUGCACGGCCUGAAGGCCCACCCCAUUUGAGAAUUACUGGAGUUCAUGAGCAUAAAGAGGUAUUGGAUCAAAUGGCUCAUUUAUUGACUGAAGAGGCAGAAAAGUUGGAUAUCCCAUUCCAGUUCAACCCUAUAGUUAGCAAAAUAGAGAAUCUUGACAUUGAAAAACUGCGUGUGAAAACGGGGGAGGCUCUAGCAAUUAGCUCGGUUCUGCAGUUGCAUUGCCUUUUGGCCUCUGAUGAUGAAAUCAUUCGGAAAAAGUCCCCUUUGACACCAAAAAAUCUAAAUGGAGUUCACUUGCAAAAAGUUCUUCAAAUGAGCCCAAGCACUUUAGGAGAGUUACUUGAGAAAGAUUUGCUUACUGGUUAUAGCCCGAAUCAUGACUCAGCUUCGUCAUCACCACUAUCUCCAACCACUUCAGCGAAGCUGGAUAGCCUUCUUAAUGCCUUAUGGGGCUUGUCACCAAAGGUCAUGGUAGUGGCAGAGCAAGAUUCUAACCAUAACGGAUCAACUCUUAUGGAGAGAUUAUCAGAAUCUUUGUACUUUUAUGCUGCAUUGUUUGAUUGCUUAGAAUCUUCCCUUCCAAGAACAUCAAUGGAGAGAUUGAAGGUAGAGAAGAUGCUGUUUGGAGAGGAGAUUAAGAAUAUUAUAGCAUGUGAGAGAGGUGACAGGAAAGAAAGACAUGAAAAGCUUGAAAAGUGGAUCCAAAGGUUUGAUUUGGCAGGCUUUGGAAAUGUUCCUUUGAGUUAUUAUGGUAUGUUGCAAGCAAAGAGAUUGUUGCAAGGUUAUAGUUGUGAUGGGUAUAAGAUCAAGGAAGAGAAUGGCUGUGUGGUGAUUUGUUGGCAAGAUCGAACCCUUUUCGCAGUAUCUGCUUGGAGGUGUAGAAGGUAAGAUUUUGGUUAUUUGUCACACAAGAUUUUGGGUCUUUUCUUUUUUGGUUUCUUUGUGUGAAGGAUGUUGUUCAUCUGAAAAUGCAUCCGUUACCUGGAAUUGUUGCCUCUUUAUACUCACUUCUUUGUUUGAUAUAUUGAUUUGUUUUUCAAUUUCUUUUUACGAAAUGAUUCUUCAAGGUUCUUGGUUGUGAAUGCAA